AUGUCCAUCAUCUUUAUACCUGACGAGAACUUCUUUGACGAGAACUACAUUGGCGAGAACUCCAUUGGCGAGAACUCCACGCUUCCGUACGUCGUGGAUCCAAACACGUUGCCAUGUGACCCCAAAAGCCUGGAGCCCACAGUGGCGCUCGUCCUGUGUCUCAUCCUCGUAGCCAACUUCUUGCUGGCGGUUCCAGGAAACGUGCUGGUGGGGUGGGUCAUCGUCAGCAGCAGGCACGUUCUGACCUCCUCAGAUGUCUACUUGUUCCACCUGACGAUCGCGGACGGCCUGCUGGCUCUGACGCUCCCGUUCUUCGCUGUAGGGCUGAUCCGAGAAUGGCUCUUUGGUGAUUUCAUGUGCAAGUUCCUGAGUCUCGUCAUGGAAGCCAACUUCUACACCAGCAUCAUCUUCCUGGCCUGCAUCAGCGUCGACCGCUACCUCGUGAUCGUGUGCGCCAAUGAGGUUGACCGGAGCGACCGGCGGAGGAGCAGCAGGUUCCUCUGUGCAGCAGUUUGGGCCCUCGGCUGGACCCUGGCUCUGUCUGCGCUCUUUAACCACGUGCAGAAGUUCGGUGAAUCUGAGAGGUUGAUUUGCACGGAAAGCUUUGACCUCGGCAGGGCCACCAGCUGGAGGCUCGCCACCCGGGGGUUCCGACACAUCUUUGGCUUUUUGGUCCCUCUGGUGAUCAUGAUCGUCUGCUACGGCAUCACCGUCGUACGGCUGAUGAACACUCGGGGCUUCCAGAAGCACAAGGCCAUGAGAGUGAUCAUCGCCGUGGUGAUCGCGUUCCUGCUCUUCUGGACGCCGUACCAAAUAACCAUGAUGGUGAACACGCUGAUCGGGGCCAAGCUGAUCCAGUUCGACUGCAGCCGGAGGACGUCUGUGAGGUUAGCGCUGAACGUGACCAACGCUCUGGCUCUGCUCCACAGCUGCAUCAACCCGUUGCUGUACGCCUUCGUGGGGGAGAAGUUCAGGAAGAAAAUGAUGCUGCUCCUGCACAGGAGGCUCCGGCAGGAGAGGAGGUCCGGGUCCACGUUCAGCAGGUCCACGUCUCAGACCUCAGAGGGAGCUGGGACUUUCCUCUGA